GUGUGCGUAGGACAGACAGGCGAAACGCACAGUUGUUCAUAUAGCGGAUUAAAUACCAAAACUACGAGUCCCUAUUGAAUACUUUCAACUACCGAUCAUGUAAAUCUUACAAUAGAGGCUUAUAUUAUUUACAGAGCCUUUAUCGUCAUGGCUUGUCCCUCAACAGGCGAACCCCUUGCUUUGGGGCCUAACGUUAGUGAAGAGCAUCCAGAGUCUGGAUCAGAGGCCCGGGCGCCCGCUCGAUCGCAGCCGCCUCACCAGCACCUUCAGCCGGCGUGCAUGAGCGCUGGGGCCGCGGUCAUGGUGGAGGCGCUGGAUGAUGCAGAGGGGCUGUUUGUAGCCGUGGAGAGAUGUCCACUCUGCAAUACAGCCAGACGAAGACUAACCUGCGCCCGGUGCAUCCAAAACGGGGAUUUCGUGUAUUUUGAUGGAAGAAAUCCGGAGAGAUAUUCAGAAAAGCUUGAAAGACUCCAAAAGUUGAAAAAUGAAAAGGAGGAUCUUCAGCAGAGAGUCAUCAAAGCAAUGGACAAGAAAGUCCAGGCGGAUCAGCUCAGAUGGAAAAUUAUGUCGUGCAAGAUGAAAAUCCAGCAGCUCAAAGAGGCCAUUUGCACCAGCAAUGAAGAAGUGAAAAGUGGCAAGGAGUUGUUGUUGCGCUCCCAGGAGGAAGGGCAGCGGCUGCAGCGCAGGGCUAGCCGUCAUCAGGAAAAGAGGGACAAAAUUAAGCGGCACAACCAGCGUCUGGGUGAACUCCUGGAGAAGAGAUCCAAAGAGAUGCAGGGGCGGCUGGAGGCUCUGGCUGAGGUGCGGAGAGAGCACAUCCUGGAGCUCACAACUCACAUCUUCAACAUCCAGGAGGAGAAACAGGGCAGCAGGGACCCGGCGGAUCCAGCCGUGGCUGAGUAUGAUCUGGCUCUGACCUCCAGCACUGUCAGUGAGCUUGCAGAAGCCCGGAGAACCACCUAUCACUCGGGCCGCUGGAUCUGGGAUGAUCAGAACGGAGAGACGAGCAUCAGCAUCACUGGACCACACGUCACAUUACCCAGCAAUGGAGACUGUUCAGCUUAUUACAGCUGGGUGGAGGAGAAGAGUGGAAACCAGGGGCCAGAGCUGGACUACAUCAACCCAGCACACACCAUCAGCGCGGCCCUCUGCUAUGCUACACAACUCGUCAAUAUCCUCUCUCAUAUCCUGGAUGUCAACCUUCCCAAAAAGCUGUGCAACAGUGAGUUCUGUGGAGAUAAUCUGACUCGCUACCGAUUCACCCGCACCGUCAACAAACUCAACACCAACGUCCUGCAUCUCUGCUUCUCACAGCAUGUUGACGGUGAACUGCUGCAUCCUCAUCACACUUUGAGGAAUAUCAUGUUUCUAGUGUCUCCGGUGAACAAAAACCUCGGCAGGACGGGGCCGUUUGAGGUGAGCGCCGACCUGGAGGAGUCGAUGGAGUUUGUGGAACCGGAGGCUGCAGGCCCUGCGGAAGAGAGCGGAGACGAGGCCGUGACGGAUGAAGAGACUGAUCUGGGUACAGACUGGGAGACAGUUCCCAGCCCUCGCUUCUGUGACAUCCCUUCCCAGCCCAUGGAUCUGUCCCAGAGCGGCAUGCAGGCGUCCCAGCCGGUGGGCAACGCAGGAGGAGGCAUGAUCUCCUCCGCCGCCGCCUCCGUCACCUCGUGGUUUCGUGCCUACACAGGCCAGCGCUGAAAUCCGGGGUAUAUGCAAACAUCCCAUUCAUUACUGUCACCCUCACUUGGCUGCUGGGGCAAAUAAAGGGAACGACUGAUCCUAUUAAAGCCAUAGUUCACCCAAAAAUGAAAGCUGUCAUUAUUUUGUAGUGUUGAUAUUUUGAAGAAUCUUGGAAACUUGUAACCAUUGACUUCCAUUUUAUUUGUCUUUUCUACUAUGGAAGUCAAUAGUUACAGGUUUCCAACAUUCUUCAAAAUAUCUUCUUUUGUGUUCAGCUGAGCAAACAUCAAAGCAAAACUCUCUAUUGGAAGAAAUAAAGGGAUGAUGGCAAUGUUGGUUUUUAGGUGAGCUAUCUCUUUAAGUAAAUGUGGGAGAGAAACCAGAGUGAAGGUUAUAUCCUUUUUUGUCAUGAUGUAAGAAUGUAGUGAACUACUUUUGACAUUUUUAAUGUUUUGUAGCUCACGUUAUACUGUAGACACCUGUCGGUCAACUUUAUUCAGUGUACAUUGCCAAAUAGAGUUGCUUUGAAGAGACUUGACUGUGAUGGAUUGAAUCUUCUCACCAGCUCUUCAAGGAACUUCACUGUAUAAAUGUUGCUGGACUGUGAGAGUGAGCGAGUGGCAAAUAUUAUUGAUGACUAGUUUUAUUAGGUUAUAAAUUGACAAACGGAACUGAUUUUAUGAACAAAUAGCUAGUGUUUUUCGUUGAUUUUUGUCCUCAAUCAUUGCGAGCUGCAUUGGGGUUUCAGUAUCCUGCAUUUGCUCUUAGGAUUUAUGGACAGGUUUCUUUUACAUAUUACUU